AAUAUUAUCAUUUAUCACAAUGGCAAUUCUUAUCGUCGAGCGAUAUUACAUGAUCGUGAACUUACUCUUUGCUCUAACUUGUCUCCUCUUAAACUUAACUCAUUGCUUUAGCCCCAAGAAACUCAACAUUUCAGCCGCCACGACCAGUGAUGCUGAUUGGUCUAUCGCCGGAGCUACGUGGUAUGGCAGCCCCACCGGAUACGGAAGCGACGGUGGAGCUUGUGGUUAUGGAACUGCUGUUGCACAACCUCCGUUUUCGAGCAUGGUAUCAGCCGGAGGUGCGUCGUUGUUCAAGUCAGGGAAAGGGUGUGGCGCAUGUUACCAGAUAAAAUGCACUUCGAAAUCGGCAUGUUCGAAAAAACCGGUUACGGUAGUCAUUACAGAUGAAUGUCCUGGAUGCGUUACAGAGUCUGUCCAUUUCGAUUUGAGUGGUACAGCGUUUGGUGCGAUGGCGAUUUCUGGUGAAGAUAGUCACUUCGGAAUGCAGGAGUUUUGCAGAUUCUUUAUAGAAAGUAUAGUUGAGUGCAACUAUAUUGGCAAAACGGUGACGUUUCAAGUGGAUAAAGGUUCAAACGCUUACUACUUUGCGGCUUUAGUUGACCCCAAGGUGACUCAGAUUGUUAAUGCGAUUAUGAAGAAUAAUCCUGGAAGACCAAUUCCUACCGAGAAGGUACGAUCAUUCGUGGAUCCUGAAGCGAUACCGCUUCAAAUUGCGGCUGAGCGUGAAAUCGCGAGGUCUUUGAUAGGAGAUCCUAACUUUAAUUGGGUUAUUAGUUCUUUGAUUACUGAGAAAGAGCUCAAACUUCGCCAGGCAAUGACGAUGAUGGGUGUUUUUGACACUGCUUAUUGGUUGUCAUGGCUUACAUGGGAAGGAAUUCUUACUGCCAUCUCGGCGCUCUUGACCGUUCUCUUUGGAAUGAUGUUCCAGUUCGACUUUUUCUUGAAGAACAGUUUCCCUGUUGUCUUCCUACUUUUCAUGCUUUUCCAGUUUAAUCUGAUUGGACUAGCAUUCAUGUUAUCAGCUUUUAUCAGCAAAUCAUCGUCAGCAACAACUGUCGGCUUCUUUGUGUUUCUGGUUGGCUUUGUAACACAGCUUGCAACAUCAACUGGGUUUCCCUAUGCCAAGAAGUAUUCUCGCAUGAUCAGUUGGAGUAAGAGAGCAGAAUGCGGACCCAACGAGGACACUGAUUGUGUGAUUACAAUUAAUGAUAUCUACUUGUGGCUUCUUGGGACAUUCUUUUUGUGGUUUGUUUUGGCUCUUUACUUUGACAAUAUUACUCCAAAUGCGUCUGGUGUAAGGAAAUCUAUCUUUUACUUUCUAAAACCUGGUUACUGGACCGGUAAAGGUGGCAACCGAGUAGAAGAAGGUGGAAUUUGUAGUUGUACUGGUUCAGUCCCACCUGUGGAUCACAUUGCCCCAGAUGACGAAGAUGUCCUUGAAGAGGAAACUUUAGUUAAACAACAUUCAAUGGAUGGUUUAGUUGAUCCCAACAUUGCAGUUCAAAUACGUGGUCUUGCAAAGACUUAUCCUGGGACGACGAAUUUUGGAUGCUGCAAAUGCAAGAAAACUCCCCCUUUUCAUGCUCUGAAGGGGUUGUGGAUGAAUAUUGCCAAGGAUCAGUUAUUCUGUCUUCUUGGUCCCAAUGGCGCAGGGAAAACAACUACUAUCAAUUGUUUGACAGGCUUAUUUCCAGUUACUGGUGGUGAUGCACUAAUUUAUGGAAAUUCUAUAAGAAGCUCUGUUGGUAUGUCCAACAUCCGUAAAAUGAUUGGAGUUUGUCCUCAGUUUGAUAUUCUUUGGGAUGCUUUGUCUGGUGAAGAACACCUCAAACUCUUUGCUAGCAUCAAAGGGUUGCCACCUUCAUCGAUCAACUCGAUGGUUGAGAAGUCACUAGCGGAGCAUCUCAAAGUCAAACCAAUAGAGGAAAACAAGGCCUUCAUGACUUUUGUUAUACCACACGACAAAGAGAAUCUUUUGACAGGCUUUUUCGCUGAGCUUCAAGACAGAGAAGAAGAAUUUGGAAUCUCAGAUAUCCAACUUGGUCUCGCAACUCUUGAAGAAGUCUUUUUGAACAUAGCAAGAAAAGCUGAACUCGAAAGCGCUGCGGUUGAUGGAACAAUGGUCACUCUCGACCUAACAUCUGGUUCCUCAGUUGAGAUACCGGUGGGGGCAAGAUUUAUUGGGAUACCGGGAACAGAAUCUGCAGAGAAUCCACGAGGAAUCAUGGUGGAAGUGUAUUGGCAACAAGACGAGUCAGGCUCUAAUAUCGAGGAAGCUAACCUAACCUUGCUUCUCGACGCCGGUGAAGCUUCGGCUCGCCGGCGUCGGGAUUUGUCUCUUCCUGCUCGCAACUUCUGCAACCUUUAUUCAGUUUUACGUUUAUUUUGGCCCCUGUCUCAAUCAUUUGAAACUUUUGUUCUCUUGGCAAGCUUCGAAGACGGCUCAAUCGACAGUGACAGAGGACGAAGAAGAGGUCCGGCGACUCCUAUCUCUUUCCUCCCUCUGUCCACACCCUUUCCGGCGAAGCUGCUUCAACCAUAUAUGUCAGAAUUCUUCCGAUCUGGAUCAAAUUUAACAUCUGUAAGAACUUACCUCCUCUGGACUUCGUUGAUGGCAAGAGUGUUUACUCUUGGACCGUCAGUUGCACCACGUUCAGGGGAGUCGUCGACGGUGCACGGCGCAGCCUUUUUCUGGGUGGAGAGCUUUUACAUGGUCAAAUUUGAGACCCUUGUCUUCAUCCUCUCAGCUCUUGUUUCUGAGGGUUUUAAAACCCUGGAGCUGUCUUCUUUUCCGGCGACGAUGAACCCAUCUCCGACCUUUGAUUCGUCGCAGCGCAGCCGCCAACCAUCGCCCAUCUCUCGAAUCUGCAAAAGGAAGCUAGAACUUAUACCCUCCGUUUCCUCCAGAGAAAGAUUUCACUUUCGUCUAUGGCCAAUCACUCUCCCCAGCUUCGCACAGGUCUGAUCAUUUCUCUAUGUGUUCUCAAUUAUUUGAUUGGAUUUCUCGAUUCAUUGUGCUGCUUGACUUGGGACAUCAAUGUAGUUUUGAAUCGUUAAUUCUAGUUAGAUAUUGUGUUCAAUUGUCUCGAAUCCUAUUUGCAAGCUCAUCUCGGCUUUGGUCCGAAGAACUUUUUGACGCG